GAAGAAGUCAGAGAUUGUUAUGAUUUCAUUAAGCAGGCUUCGUAGAGGAGGAUGAAUCAGCUGCUCAGGGCUCACACGGUGAAAACCAAGACUAUUGCUGGAUAUAUCUUGUUGUAUGAAGUACAGGAGUAUAAUAGAAUAUAUGCUCGAUUUCAGUUCUGGUGUUGAUAACUGACCUGGCCUAUUUCUAAACCUACCUAACGUCAAAUGCCCAGCCAUCAUCGGAAGUCGCCCUCUGUAUUUCCCAGCUCCACGGCAUUGGACAGCCGCGAGUGAAGCCUGUCAGCCUGUUCGAGCAGACACACUGGCUACACGUGCUGCGCUGCUCAUGCGCAUAUCAAGCACGGCUGCAAAAGAGAUUCGUGGCGCCUGUUUUUACCCCAACAAGUGUGGUUCUCAUCAUAAAUGGAUAUGGAGAUGACCUAUAGAUUAUGCUGCCUGUGUGGACACAUGGACACAAGAGUGAGCAGCAGCAGCUCAGCAAUGCAGCCGCCACACAGCACACAAGGAGACAGUGUGGCCAGCCUGUAAGAGACCAGCUGUGCGCAGGUGGUGUCCUGAGUGUUUUCCAACCGGCCCAUCAAUACUCUGGAGCAGCUCUUGUUGUAGUGGAGGAACAGGAGGGAAACCCAGCAGACAGACAGACAGACAGACAGACAGAGAGGGAGACAGGCCGGACUCAGGAUGCCUCUGUUCUUCAGAAAGAAGAAGCUCAGCGAGGACUCCCAGAAGAGACUGGAAUAUCAACUAUGCCGGUCUAAGGAGGCAGGUGCUGAUGACAUCCUGGACAUCUCAGCCUGUGAGCUCUCAGAGGCUCCCUCAAGUGCCUUUUCCAUUUGCAGGGUGCUACAGAAGAAGGUCCUUAUCCUCCAUAACAAUGAGCUGAGGACAUUGCUGCCCAAAGGAUGUGACAUCAACUCUCUUGUCACUUUAAAGGUUUUGGAUCUGCAUGACAACAAGCUCACCUGUCUUCCAGAGGACAUUGGGAAGUUGGCGUCACUACAGAUUCUAAAUGUGGAGAAGAACCGUUUAAAGACGCUUCCAGACUCCAUCGGGGAUCUGCGGCUUCUGCAGACGCUCAAUUUGAAAGGUAACUCUCUCAGUGAGCUGCCGUCAGUAAUUGGUUCACUGAGCAGCCUUCGCACUCUCGAUGUGAGCGACAACAACAUCGUCCAGCUGCCCAAAACUCUGGCCUACAUCCGAACCCUCGAGAGCUUUACACUUGACGCUGCCACGAUGACCUACCCACCCGUGUCUGUGUGUACAGAGGGCACAGAGAGCAUCCAACGCUUCCUUUGCUCUGAGCUGGGAGAGGAGUACUGCCCCCCAUCCCAGUAUCUCCUGCCUGUGCUGGAGACUGACUGUGGCAAACCGACUGACUGUCUGGACAGCUUGGAGGUUGCCUGGCAGAGCAAGUUCAGUGACUACGAGAAGAGAAAGGAAGAGAAGAAUCAGCAGAAACUGGCCUUCGAGCGGCACCUGGAGGAGAAGCAGAAGGAGCACACCCAGCUUAUGCUCAUGAACACGUCCCGCAAGGCGAACAUUCUCAACUCGGUCCGACAGGAGCAGGAGCGUGUGGAGCUGGGGGUCAACCAGCAGCAGAGGGCUCAGGAGGCCGAGAGGCUGCUGGUGCUGGAGAAAGUCCGACAGGCUGAAGAUGGCAUCAGCAGUCGCGUCAGCAACAUGCUGAUGGAUGAAAACAGCCAAAGAUAUCCAGUUCAGUGUCACAGGAGAGGAAAGAAACCAGAAAAUACAGCUGGAGAAGAUGAAAUGUUAUUUCAAAAAACAAUGCAGAAGAAAAGUGCAGAGUUUCUUCAAGCCAUGGAAGAAGAUCGGAUCCGUAUGGAACAUCUGGCUGCCAUCACACAGGAAGAAGCCAACUCACUGAGGAAGAGGGAAGUGGCAACGGCCAUGCAGAAGAUGCUGUCAGACAGCUUUGCUAUGAGCCUCCUGCAGGAGGCCAGUGAUGUUCGCCGACAGAGCCUGGUGUCUGAGGCCUGCCGAAGUUUGGAGACUCUGGACAAGAAGUUUGAUAAGAUGCUGUCCCUCCAGGUGUUGGACAAAUCUAAAGCCAUCGCCCAAAUCUUACAGGAGGAGGAGAUGCAGAAAGCAGCUUUCCAGGCUCUGCAGCUGCAGAAAGAUUCUGUGCACGGCUACAUCCGCAACCAGAUCAAGCUCAUAGAGGGUGAAUUAAAGCAGCUGACUAAAUUGGAGGUUAAAAGACGCAAUCUGGAUGCUGAGAACCUGCAGGAGGUUCUGGGGGAGCAGCGCACGGCUCUCAGUGACUUGUUGCAGCAGCUGCUCAAGCAGAGAGACCAGAGAGAGCAGGAGCUGCGACAGGUUCUGGCGGAGAUGGAGCGGAAGUCUGAGUCCAACCAGCAGAACUACUGGAUGAUCCAGUACCAGAGACUGUUGGAUGCCAAGCCUCUGUCACUGCGCAUGCAGGAAGCCGGCGUGGAGAAAGAGUUGGUCAAUCUGUUGUGCAAACUGUCAGCUCAGCACUACCUGCCCAUCCUGGCUCAUCACCGAGUGACCACUGAGGCCCUUCGCCACAUGAACGCCUCCGACCUCAAGAAGCUUGGCAUCAAUGAAGUAGGAAUCCAGAAAGCUCUUCUGAAAUGGGCUCAGGACCUUCCUGAAGGAGCUUGUAAGGCUCCCCAGGAGGAUGAGGAGGCCGAAGACGUCCCCACAGCUCCAUCACCUUCCCCUCCAUUUCUUCCCAACAACUCAGCCUUUCAGAUGCCCAGCACACCACCCACCCCAGGGACCCCAGGGACCCCAGUCACCCCGUCAGCCCCCAGCCCUGUGGAGGGACCAGGAACCUCCGAGUGUGUGGUCUGCAUGGAGACCGGGGCUCAGGUCAUCUUCCUGCCCUGCGGUCACGUUUGCUGUUGUCAGGUCUGCAGCGACGCUCUGCAGAACUGCCCUCUGUGUCGUAGCAACAUAUCCCAGCGGAUACGCCUCUACCAUAGCUAGAGCCCCCCGCUCGCCCACUGCAAUGUACUUUAUAUCUGCAUGAGUUAACUGUACCAUGUAUAGAAAAGCUUUUAGAAGGUUUUCAAUGAGCUGAGCCACUUUCCUGUAUUAACCAGUAACAGUACUUUAUGUAUAUGCAGAAACAUGUUGAAGCAGACCUGGGGGUUUUUUUAUGCGUUAUUGGUCGUCACUGGCAUCCAGGCAUGUUGUAAUUUCUUCUUUUAAAUUCUUUCUUUGUUUUUUUUUAAAUAUGUAUUUUACACCACUCACUUGUUGAAGACUGACUCUCUGCCUUAUUAUCUUCUCAACUGAUGUGUGCCUUUUUCUGGAAAUCUCUUAAGCAAUACUCCUGUGUUGUCAACCAAAGUAACACCUGUCCAACAUUUAUCUAAGUUAACUAAGACAUAGUGUUUUAAACAUUGUUGCUUUUUGCUCUCAGUGCUCGUUGUUCUUCUAUGUGUCACUCAACCUGUCCUGCCCUCGCUGUCUGCAGCUGUAUGCUCACUUGGAUGUUGAUCCAGCCUCUGACCUCACUGUACAUUCCUCUCCACUUGUCUCUCACGUCUUUUAAUGCUACAUAUGGUACACAUCACCUGUCGGUCGCCAUCACUAAUGUUACUCUGCUCUUUCAAGUGCUCUUAACUUUGACAUCUCAGCAUGUUUCAGGAAAUAUCUUUACUGUGUGUGAGUCUGUUAAAUGUUGUGUGUUCUAUAUCAAUCACAUAUUUCAAUCAACAGAAUAUGUAUAUGUGUCAUUCUCCUGCGCCCACAUCGUGGUCUAUGUAAAAGCUUUGUGUCUGUGACUUCACAAGCAGCCACAUCUGGAAAUGUACUGAAAUACAGUAUACAAGCCCAGU